AUGACGCAAUGCUCUACGAUACUUGCCGAAGAACGGCGGCCAUUAGAGGGCGGUGAACCCACGCAUUCGCAUAGACGGCGCUGGAGCACUCCGGCUGAUCCCGGCGGCGAAUCUCUACAAGAAUGCUUCACCACGGAUGACGAGUACAAAGAACAGCCAAGUCAUGUGUCUGAAGUGAGUUUUGACGAUUUUGUCUCGUGCUCGUCGUCGUCGGGAAAUGGUUACAGUUUCUAUCUCGGGGGAGAGAUGUCUCCGUGGGGAUCUCCGCUACUGACCGAGUCGAGACCGAUCGCGCCGACGCGUAUGGUGAUGGAGACGCGUGGAGAAGGGAGGAGAGGAAGAAGCGUGAGGAGGAAGAAAGAUCUCCCGCCGUUUCUGACGACGCUGGAUUGUAACGGACGGCCGAGAUUCUAUCACAGGAGGGUGAGAAGCGAAGGCCGGCUAGAGAUUUCCAGAGUGGCAGUGAAUCUACCGGAGAUAGUGAGUGUUCGUGGAAUAGAAGGACUCAGAAUCGGAACAGUCAGAGUCAGUCGAGAACACGGCGAAGGAGAAGGAAAUGACGUUCAAUAG